AUGUCCUUUGGUUUCUCACCGCCUGAUGCUGUUAAUGGCAUUUGCGCAGUGAAGACAGUCUGGGAUGCGCUCAGGGAAGAUAAGGGAUCAAAGGAACGAGUCGCUACCGCCUCGGCAAGCGUGGAUCAUCACCUCGAAUCCAUGCAAAAUCUGCAAGCCGUUAUAGAUUCGACGCCGGAUGAAGUCUCGGCCUCCAAGACUGGCGUGGAGAAGCGAGUCAGAGCACUGGGCCAAUUCCAAGAAAGCCGUCGUUCACAAUUGACGAAAUACAAACCAUGGCAUGGCCCUUUUAGCGGCAAGAAAGAGUUUGAAAGUUCUCACGCUCGCAUCGCGUCCUCUGCCCAUGCAGUUCAGUUGGAUGCGACUCUGUUCACCGCCGAGCUGAAUCUUGCCGAAACGACCAAAACAAGGGAGUCUCUAUCGCAAAAGAUCGAUAUGCCCAGCCAAGAACUACUUCACAUACAAAAUGCCAUUUCCCCGUGUCUUUCUCAAGCCAUACAGCGAACAGCAGAGGCCAGUCAGUCACCUUUGCAGCAUUCGAUUGCCGUCGCGCUCGACAAGACCGCCCAAAACCUUGAAAGCACACAGGGAUCGAUUCACUCCUCACAGGCCAAGGCCUACACAAUGUUGAAGGACAUGCUUCAAACCAUGAAAUGUGUUGAAGAGAAACAGAAUGCUGAAAUACCUUCAGAGCAGCCGCUCAGUGCAGUGAGCGAGCCCGAGGAAGACUGCAAGGGUUCGGGCAAAGAACACGGCGUGAACCAUUCAAGUCGAGUUCGCGUUGCCAGGCACAACUUCGCAACCGAACUUGACACUUACAUCAAGAACAACGGAGCUGUACCUCUGUCAGAUGAAAUACCACCAACCCUUAUAGGGCGGCUCGGGCCUAUUGCUGAACAAUGUCUUGUUCCGAUUCUGGUGGCGUCGGUCUAUUUCUACAUGUCACGAAGCCGACUGCAGCUUUCUCUUCAGGCUUUCGCCAAUCUCUUGAAGAAGGACCCUGUUUCAGCAAUCGUCGUCGGCCUGGUAUACAUGACCGUGUGGCGCACCACCUGCCGCCUCUCACAGUCGCUUUCUCUCCUUGGAGCGGAUUAUAUCACUUUCGAGGAUGCAUUCGGAAGGUCGAUUCAGCUGCCAUUUGUCACCGCUCAAUACUGGACGACAUUUUCUGGAUUCAUCCAGGCUCACUUCCGAGAUCACCCUUGUUUCCACUUUAUAGCUGCAGGACAAUUUCACUUGAAUCUCCACAGCAGUCGCGGCCGACUAAUCACUCCCCAGACUUGGAGCUGCCUCAUGAAGCCAAGUGCGAACAUCGCCAUGUCUAUAUUCUUCGAGUUGCCAAGGAAAGCUUGCGUGCGGUGCUUUGGGGAAUUGUCCUUCGCAUGGGAACGAGCUGUGUUGCAUCUCGUGCCGCACAUGGUACGCCAUGUAUCCAUCGUUCUCUGGACCCGGUCCCGACCUGGAAAUUGCGUCUAG